AUGGCCGGCGCACGACCGCUCCCCCACCUGCGUCGUUUGAUCUUUCCAUUACUCCAGCCCAGCAGCUUAUCUGCUGCGCUGCACUACUCACGCCCCAGCUGGCCUGUCUGGGCCAGUUGCUCUUAUGUACUCGUUACCAGACUCCAUCCGUGGGGCCAUUGGCAUAUGCACGUCACCCACGACUCGACGCACCCAACUGCCCAUCACCGCGCCCGCCUGCCCACGACAUCAUUGCCCGUUGCUCUGCCUGUCCCUUUGCAACCGACCGUUCUGCCCCGAUCCCGCCUCGCCACCUGCACAUCUCAGGCGCUGCAUCCGUGGCCUGCUUACGUAUACCGCACCCCGUUGCAGCAGCAGCAGCAGCAGCAGCAAUUCCAUGUCACUCUCCCGCGCGCUGACUAUGCCAGGAUUCCCCUCCGACCUGCCAAUCACCCUUCUGCAUGGCUUGUGCUUGCACUUGUGCCAGCGUACUCUAGGCGCCCUCCGCACGUGUCGCGCGACCGUCUUCUCCACAGUGCCCUAGAAAUACUUACAUGCGAGUGGGUCCCUUGGUUGCCAUGUCUGCUCCGCUCCAACCCUGCCCACGAUACCCUCACCGCUCGCCCUUCAGGCAAAACGUCUUGCCCUCCGACCACCGGCAAUGCGCAGCCUCCGGAAUGCUCCGCCAAUCCCAUCUCCCGUCCCUCUCUUUUCCCGGUGAUGUCAUACCCGCCUCGUCUGCUCCUCUGGAGCCCCAUUCGAGCCCAUGUCGCUCCCGAGCCGCGGUCAAUUGCCCUCGCCUGCUGGGGUCGGACGGUCGAGAUCUACGCUUGUCCUUGCGCUGCCAGCGACCUCAGACUUGGGUCAUGUUCGUUGCAAACCGACAGACUCCGCGCUCCCUCACUGGUCCACCCCAAAGGAUGUCUACUUCCGCCCAACCGCGUCAAUUUUCCGACACAUCAGCGUUCCAUGGUUACGAUUACGAGAUCUUUGAUCGCAGAUCUGCAUGUGACAGCAUACUACGCGAGCGAACUAUGCUUAGCCCAAUGGCAUCGUUUGGCAAGUCGGGCCGCUAUUCUCCGGAUCCAAUCCUCCAUGUUACCUGCUCUGCGCCCGUCUUCUUAUGCGUCUAUUGUCGCAGCUGCCGUCUAUCAAGCAUCAACCAGCCAUGUUUACUUGUACUUACUUACAUCAGCAACCUACACCGACAAGCCGCCUCUUCACGCCAUGUUGUACCAUCCGGCGGUGUGA